UCGGAGUCGCUAACUGAGCUUCGCUUCCUGCUCCGGAGAUUUAUUGGCGAAUAGACCAUCAGUAAUCGCGCGUUCCGUGACAUAUUCCGGACAAAGCCUGCGAUUAUGGUAAACAAAAUAAUGUAAAGCAUAAAAUAUGACUCCGGAGAUCUUAUUAUUUAUCUUUUACGUUGUUUAUUUCUCUUCAUCCAUCUUAUUCAGUCUACGGGGUAAGAUAAAGGACAGCUGCGCGACAUUACAACUGCUGUUUUUUCUUGCAUGUGUAUAUCUUUCAUCAGCAGACACACACUCUCUGCAGUACCUCUACACUAUUACUGGACAAUUCACUGCUGUUGGUCUGGUAGAUGGACAGCAGGUUCUGUAUUAUGACAGCAACAUCAGGAUGAUCCCAAAGACGGAGUGGAUGAAGAAGAUUGAAGCUGAUGAUAAACGUUACUGGGACAGAGAGACACGGCGUAUGACUGAUCAGCAGGACUGGUUCAAAAUCUUUGUGGAUAAAGCCAAGCACGUAUUUAAUCACAAUGAAGGAGAUCAUACAGUACAGAGAAUGUACGGCUGUGAACUUAAUGAUGUCACCACUAGAGGAUACGAUCAGUACAGUUAUGAUGGAGAGGAUUUCAUCAGUCUGAAUCUGACAUCUGGAUCCUGGACUGCAGUUAAUGAUAAAGCAGAAAGUUUUAUAAACGACUGGGAUCCUAAAGGCACGAAGGCUAAACGCUUGAAGGACUUCCUGGAGAAUGACUGUAUUGAUAAAUUAAGGAAGUUCAUGUCUUAUGGCAAAGAGACUCUGGAGAGGAAAGUUCAUCCUGAGGUGUCAGUGUUCCAGAAACGCUCUCCUUCUCCAGAGGUGGUGUGUCACGCUACAGGUUUCUUCCCCGAAGCACUAAACAUCACCUGGCAGAAGGACGGAGAGGACGUGGGUGAGGACGUGGAGCUCAGAGAGACGUUACCCAACCAGGAUGGAAGCUUCCAGAAGAGAAGCAUUCUGAAAGUCUCAAGAAUGAAGCUGCAGAAACACACCUACACCUGCGUGGUUCAGCACAGCAGCUUGGAGAAGGAGUUAGUGCGAGAAGUACCAAAAGGUGGAGGAUCAGAUGGAGGAUCAGGUGGAACACCAAUUGCUAUCACCACUGCUGUAGUUGUGGCUCUUGUUGCUGUUGUUGCUGGAAUUGUGGUCUGGAAAAGGAAGAACUCUGUCAUACACAAUCUACAGUUCAUCUACACCGCAAUUCCUGCAGGAAUCCAUUUCCCAGAGUUCAUGGCUAUUGGCCUGGUAGACGGAGAGCAGUUCAUGAUCUAUAAGAGCACUGACAGCGGGUCUCUCGAACCAGCCGAAUGGAUGAAGGAGUUUGAGUCUGAAAAUUACUGGAAGAGUCUGCGAGAGGACAUGCGGACCAACCAGGAUAACUUUAACAGCAUGUUUACAGCUAUCAAUCAUGAUAAAGGAAAUCAUACGCUACAGAGGAUGUACGGCUGUGAAAUUCAUAACGAUGGCAACAGAGAAGAACUGACCGGAUAUGAUUUGUACGGUUAUGAUGGAGAAGAUUUCCUUCAUUUUGAACUUAAUGGCACAUGGACUGCAGCCAACAAUCAAGCUGAGAAAAUUCUACAAAGAUGGCGUACUAAUGGUUAUAAGGGAUACUGGAAGACAUUUCUGAAGGUUGACUGUAUCGAACAGUUAAGGAAAAUUGUGUCUUACAUCAGGCAGACUUUGGGAAGGAAAGUUGUUCCCAAAGUGUUAGUGUUCCAUAGACACUCGUCUCCUUCUCCAGAGGUGGUGUGUCACGCUACAGGUUUCUUCCCCAAACCACUAAACAUCACCUGGCAGAAGGACGGAGAGGACGUGCAUGAGGACGUGGAGCUCAGAGAGACGUUACCCAACCAGGAUGGAAGUUUCCAGAAGAGAAGCAUUCUGAAAGUCCCAGCUGAGGAGCUGCAGAAACACAACUACACCUGCGUGGUUCAGCACAGCAGCUUGGAGAAGGAGUUAGUGCGAGAAGUAGAAAAAGGUGGAAGAUCAGACAGAGGAUCAGCUGGACGAUCCGAUGGUGAAGGGUCAGAUAAAGGAUCGGGUGGAGGAUCAGGUGGAUCACCGAAUUCUAUCAUCGCUGCUGCAGUCGUGUCUCUUGUCAUUCUUGCCGCUGUUGUUGCUGUGAUUGUGGUCCGGAAGAAGAAGAACUCUGGUGGAAGAAGGAAGGAGCCAGAUGUGAAGUUUUCACAGAACGGGUCACGUACCAUCAGUAGUUUAAGCUUUAUGCCUGUGCCACAAAAAAACCCUGACACCUCUGAAGGAGAUUCUUCCUUCAACAACUCUAACACUGUGACUGCGUAACAUCCUGCUGAACUGAGAGAGUAAGACAUGAUGUAGUUUACAGUGUGAUAUGGAAUAAACAUCUGUGUGUGGAGAGAAAAUCCAGCAGAAAAGCCUGAACAUUCAGUCUGAGCCUUAGCAAACCUAGCUGACUAGUUACAUUACUUCUGAUGUCUGACACUGAAAGAGCUAGACCCGGCUCAGAUCUGUGCUCAUUUUGCCUUGUGCAGUGAAAGUGUAUUAGAGAGAUGGACGAGAGCCAUCUCUCAUACCUGUGUGCAUAAAGUGCCUAAAUUUAUAAUCCUAAAAUGAGAUACAAUGAGUCUGAGCAAGACACUGUACUUAUGUAAAACAAUAACAAAUGGCUAGCGUUAAACAGCUAAAGUGGUCAUCAAUGUGAAACGCAAAUGCAGCUUCCACCGGUCUGACUGGAUUUUUACAAAGCUAUACUGUGAGAUUUCCUAAAAUGGGAUUUAAAAAAAAAAAAAAAAGGUAAAUAGCACCUUACAUACAAUUUCACAGUAUUGAUAUUGAUUAUAUCUCCAUAUUCUUGUCAAUACACAGCAUGUAAUUUACAUGUACUGUAACUCUCCCCACCAUCACACAUACACACUUUUUUUUUUUUUUUUUUUUUUUUUUAACUGGCCUUUCCCUGAAACCCAGUGUCACAGGAAAAUUGACUCACCUCAAAAUGACUUUCAUAUUGGUUUUCAUUAACUAAGCAGAUUCAUGUUAUGAGGAGUGUUCAAGUCAAACCGGGACAUUUGAUUUGCAUAGUUAUGAGAGUGAUAUCUCCCAUUAUUUCUCCAUAUAAUCUCCUGCUACACUGAUGCACUUAUCCCAGAGUGCUUUGAUACCAUCAAGAUAGAAGGUUUUCUCAGGACCCCGGAGCAAUGAUUAUACCGUCUCCUUCACGUCUGAAACACUGGCAUCCUAGGAACUCCUCCAAACACGUGGCAAUGACUUGUACGUGGAUGUGCCAAUAACUCCUCGCCGAGUUCCUGUAAUGUGCAAGUUUUGAUGAAUGAUGCCCCCAAGUUGGCGACAAGUUAUCCAACAAUUUUCAAGGAUCAGGUGUGUGAAUGUUCACGAGGAACGACAGCAGUGGGGUCGGCCAGGAUUGUAAUUCAUGGACAUGAGGUCCUUUUUAAAACAUUUGCACUGUUUUAUGUAAAUCGUUUGUGCUGUACAGGUCGCAACAUUCUUAGCUUAAAAAAAUUUGUCUGCAUGUCUGUCCAGCCAGAUUUUCCACCUCAUCACGCAAACCUACACUGUAAAAAAAAAAAAAAAAAG